GUCAGCCGCUUCAGACACAGCGCCUACCUCUCCUGCGAGGGGCACCGGUGCCUGUGUUCAGGGGCUGGCAGGUACCCGCAGCAGCCUCCUCGCAUGGGUCCCUGCCUCAGCCAGCGGUCGGGUCCGCGACAUGAGCAUCAUGGCUGCGGGGAGGAGCGGUGGCAGUGGCGGUGGCGACCGCAGUAGACCCGACGCCCGUGAGCGCACUCCCGGGGGAGCCGGCGGUGGUGGCGGCAGGGGCGCUGGGGGCAAGGGCAAAGCUCCUGGCAAAGACGUGGGCGCAGCUAGGAGGGCAGACCGCGACAGGAGUGACACCUUCCGGUCUGGGGUGCUGGCAGGUGGCAUGCGGGCUCCGUCCCUACCAGCAGCCCGCAGGGCUCCGCCCCAGACGGCCGGGCCUGGAGCCGGCAGCGGUGCGGCGGGGGAAUCAGGGCUGCCGCCGCCACACCCGCCACCACCCCAGACCGCCGCGUCGCAGGAAGUCACUUGGGCAACUGCUCGCUCCCAGUCGCCGGAUCAGCUGCCGCCGGUUCAUGGUGCGCUGCUGCGUGUGGUUGGGCCGCUGGAGGCCGCGGGCUGGGCGUACUGGGCCGUGCGGCGGACCGCGGCUUGGCUGCAGGGCGCCCACGUGCCCCUGCAGCACAGCCACCACCAGCAGCAGCAGCAGCAGCAGCAGCAGAACCAGCAGCAGCAGGCAGUAUCUGACGUGCCUGGUGGCUCAUGGCCGCAGGGGCUGCCGCAGGCGGUUGCAGGUGGUGUGUCGGGCUCCUCAGCUGGGGAGGCUGUGGAGCUGGAGCUGGAGCUGCAGUGGGACCAGCUGGCAGCCGCACACGAGCUGUUUGCACGACCCGGCUCCGGCUGGGUUGCCUCGCCGAUACAGCAGCAGCCAGCACUGGGCCGCGCCGAGUUCAGUCUGGCGGCGGCGGCGCAGCCACAGCCAGGGCCGGCCGGGGAGCGGGGGGCCGCAGAGCCGGCGGCGCCGGCGGUGACAGUGGUGUUGGGCUGCACCUACAACACGGUGCUGAGAGCCAACCCCGCCCGAGUGCAGGUAGCGGCCGCUCCGCCCCAGCAGCUGCAGCUGCAGCAGCAGCAGCAGCAGCAACAAGCAGGCGGCACCUCCGCCGCCACCUCCAGCUCCACGGAGUCGGGCGGGCUGCUGCGGGUGCUGGUGGGCCCGCAGGCGGAGGCGGGCGGCGCAGCGGGGCAGCGGCGGCAGCACCUGGUGUGGGUCCAGUCGCUGUACAGUGUGGGUGUGGACGCGGAGCGGGCGGGCGACACGCAGCUGGCGGCGGCGGUGGCGGACACACUGCGCCGCAUGCAGCGGGAGUUGUCGGCCCACAACUCGGCCGCCUGGGGCCGCGACACGGCCUUUGACGCCUGGUGCGCCCGCUUCGGCCCACCCGAGGAGGCGGCGGCGCGGCUGUUGCGAGACCCCGGCCGCUGCCUGGGGCCCCUGCUGCCCUACCUCCUGCAGCUAGGACCCCGCACCCCGGCCGCACCACGAGAUGUUGCUGCCGCCGCCACUGCCACUGCCACUGCUCCUGAGUCGUCAGCCCACCCAGGCGCGCUGCCGCUGACGCUGCCGCUGCGCGGCCUGACAGCGGCCAACCUGUGCGGCAGCCACGGGCACAAGGCUGUGGCUCUGGCGGCCCUGGGUGCGGCCCACGUGACAGUGGUGGAUGUGUCGGCGGGCAAUGCCGCAUACGCCACGCGGCUGGCGGCGGCGGCGGGGCUGCAGGUGGUGGCGGUGAAGGCGGCCGCUGAUGGGGGCAGUGGGGGUGGUGGGGGCAGUGGGGGUGCCGUUGGUGCUGGAGCUGCUGGUGCUGGCGGCGACACUCUCACUGGGGCAGGCGCUGGUGGGGGCGGUGGCGGGGGUGAGCUCAGGUACCUGCUGGCGGACCUGGCCGAGUGCGCGCCGCAGCCACAGCAGCCGCGCACUGGGGCCGGGGGCGGCGGGGGCAGCGGCAGUGGCAGUGGCGACCCCGGCGGGGGUGGCGGCGCGCUGCUGUACGACCGGCAGUACGACCUGGUGCUGAUGGAGCUGGGCGUGCUGCACUACUUCCUGGACCUGCGGGCCCUGAUGCGGCACACGGUGGCCCCGCUGCUGCGGCCGGGCGGGCGGCUGGUGCUGCGGGAGUUCCACCCCGUCUCCACAAAGCUCAUCACCUCGAGGGGCAAGAAACACAAGGUGACCGGCGACUAUUUCUCCACUCAGCCACUGGCGCCCAUGGAUGUGGCCUACAGCAAAUACGAGGAGGCAGCGGCGGCAGCAGGGGCGGGGCUGGGGGCGGCGGAAGGGGACGAGGGCGGUGGCAGCGGUCCCGGCGGGGGAGGUGGUGGUGGUGGUGUGGGCGGUGCUCGGGCGCGAGUGCUGCUGCGGCGCUGGGGGCUAGGCGAGGUGGUGAGUGCGGUGUGUGGCGGCAGUGGCGGGCGGCUGGCGCUGGUGUGUGUGGACGAGGAGGGGGGCGCGCGGCUGGACGACUGCGGCCUGCCCAAGCUGUUCACACUGGUGGCGGAGCGGACACAGCUGCCGUAGCGGGGCGGGGGCUGUGGCACUGUGGGUGGACUGGUGGCGGGCCAUGCAGCAUCGUGUUUAUGAGGCCGAACACAGAGA